AUGAUUUUGUUGUUCGAAGAAAAAGAAGAUUUGUAUAUAAACAGUGUCAAACAUGAGACAACUCGUGAAGAGUCGAAGUUGAUUAGUGAACUAAUCCACCACCCACCGGAGUCUUUGUCACUUCCUCUGGAGAGUCCGAUCAUCUGUGACCGAACCUCCAUACGAUAUGAUCUUUGCUCAAUCAACGGUCCGACAGUCAUGGAUUCAGCUACAUCAACUUUCUUCACUAUGAACUCGACCGGACCUCCAUUGGUGGAAAUAAUCAGACCCUAUCCUCGAAAAUUUGAGGACCUCAUAAUGUCGCAUAUCAAGAACCUCACACUGACUGUCGGGCCAAGAAUCCCAUCGUGUAGAGUUCAACAUAAUGCUCCUGCCCUAGUAUUCACCGCCGGAGGUUACACCGGAAACUUUUGGCACGACUUCAAUGAUGGAUUCAUCCCUCUCUUUAUCACAGCCAACACCAUAUUCCCCGAUCAAGACUUCAUCAUUGUGGUUUCUGAAGCUCCUAAAUGGUGGCCUAGUAAGUAUGCAAAUUUACUACGCAUGUUCACCAAGCAUCCUAUUGUUAACCUAGCAAGUGAUACCACCACACAUUGUUUUCCCUCUGCCAAGCUAGGCCUUAUAUCACAUGGUUUCAUGAUCAUAAACCAAACACUACUACCCAGCUUAAAGACAUACUUGAGUUUUCGUGGGCUUCUUGGCAAAGCCUAUAACCAAUAUGCCCAAUCCCAAGCCCAAAUCUUCACCUCUAAGCCCACAAAACCUCGGCCCCGACUUGUUCUAGCGAGCCGACGUCAUGCCAUUGGACGCUCCAUUAUGAACCAAGCCCAAGUCAUUCGUUUGAUAAAGAAAGUAGGUUUUGAUGUGGUGGUGUUUGAGCCUAAGACCAAAACCUCAUUGCAAGAAUCUUAUGCAUUACUGAACUCAAGCCAUGCAUUUGUUGGGGUUCAUGGAGCUGCCCUCACGCACUCAUUGUUCCUCCGGCCGGGCACGGUGUUUGUGCAGGUGGUGCCGAUCGGGAUAAGCUGGGCGGCGGAAGCGUUUUUCGGGAGAGUAGCAAAGGGGUUGAGUUUGGAGUAUUUUGAGUACAAAAUUGGAGUGGAAGAGAGUAGCUUGGUGGACAAGUAUGGGAAGGACAAUUUGUUGGUAAGGGAUCCAUUUGCUCUUCUUAAAACAGGUUGGCCCACCGAGGUUAUGAACAUUUACUUGAAAGAACAAAAUGUGAAACUGGAUUUGGUUAGGUUCAAGAGAUAUUUGAAGAAAGCUUUUAAUAGGGCUAAGAGAUUUAUGGAGAAUGAGGGUUAA